CAAUAGGCACAAUUUUUAUUGGUGUUUUGAUCUUUUGGGAGUGGGGAUUUGAGGUGGGAUUUGUAUUGCUGUAUGUCAGGCUGGUCUGGAACUCACUGUGUAGUCUAGGCUGGCCUUGGACUUCUGUUCUCCUGUCCUAGCCUGAGGGCUGGAAUUACAAGUGUGAGCCACCAUGCUGGCUCAAAGACAUAUUUUUAACCAAGUUUUGCAAAGUAUGGUCUGAGAUCAUACUCUGACCUGGAUGGAUUCGGGAGAGCCUGUUCUCUUUCCUCCGUGUGGGUUCUGGGCAUCCAGCUGAGGUAGGCUCGAUGGGGAGGGCCCUUAUUUGCUUGGCUCUAUUACUUGCCUGGCUUGGAUGGAUUUGGGGAGGGGAAGGGCCAGCAAACUGGGUGAUUGGAGUGACCUAGGAAAAUGGCUCCACCCCACUCCUUCACUUUUUCCCUAUCUCUCCAGGUACCUUGAUAUAUCCACUCCUGUAUCCCUCUUAGAAGAAGAGAAGACUAAAGCCAGAUAUAACUGUUUUCAGAUACUCCAGGGCUGCAGGCUUGACUUUCUGUGUGUGAGCCAGCCCAGAGAGGCAGAGUGAUAGCCAAACGUAGACGUUGCUGUGAGGUGGAAAUGAUAGCAGAUACCAAGAGGAGAGGGCCACCAGGGUUGCCCAGCAGUGCUGUCCUAGGAGAAAGUAACCCACUCCGUCUCUGGCCUAGGUCUGUGGAUGGCCUGCUGAAUGCCCAAAAGAAAAAUGCCCACGUUCCCCUUUGGAACUACACGGUCCUAAGAGGCCAGAUCUUCAUUGUGUAUUUCAUUGCGGGUGUGAAAAAGCUGGAUGCAGACUGGGUUGAGGGCUACUCCAUGGAACACUUGUCCCGGCAUUGGCUCUUUAGUCCCUUCAAGCUGGUGUUGUCUGAGGAGCUAACAAGCCUGCUGGUGGUGCACUGGUGUGGCCUUCUCCUUGACCUCUCAGCUGGCUUCCUGCUCUUUUUUGAUGCCUCGAGAUCCAUUGGCCUCUUCUUCGUGUCCUACUUCCACUGCAUGAAUUCGCAGCUCUUCAGCAUAGGUAUGUUUCCCUAUGUCAUGCUGGCCAGCAGCCCCCUCUUCUGCUCAACCGAAUGGCCUCGGAAGCUGGUAGCUCGAUGCCCCAAAAGGCUGCAAAAGCUGCUGCCCACCAAAGAUGCUCCUCAGCCCAGUGCUUCCUGUGUGUAUAAGAGAGCCCGUGCCAGAGCUGGUCCAAAGGUGGGGCUGCGCCACCAGCUGGGAGCGGUCUUCACCCUGCUCUACCUUCUGGAGCAGCUCUUCCUGCCGUAUUCCCACUUCCUCACCCAGGGUUACAACAACUGGACAAAUGGGCUGUACGGCUAUUCCUGGGACAUGAUGGUACACUCGCGCUCCCACCAGCAUGUAAAGAUCACCUACCGUGAUGGCCUCACUGGCGAGCUUGGCUACCUUAACCCUGGGGUAUUCACACAGAGCCGGCGAUGGAAGGACCAUGCAGACAUGCUGAAGCAAUAUGCCACUUGCCUGAGCCUCCUGCUUCCCAAGUACAAUGUCACUGAGCCCCAGAUCUACUUUGAUAUCUGGGUCUCCAUCAAUGACCGCUUCCAGCAGAGGCUUUUUGACCCUCGUGUGGACAUCGUGCAGGCUGUCUGGUCCCCCUUCCAGCGCACACCUUGGGUGCAGCCACUCCUGAUGGACUUGUCUCCCUGGAGGACCAAGUUACAGGACAUUAAGAGCAGUCUGGACAACCACACUGAGGUGGUCUUCAUUGCAGAUUUCCCUGGUCUUCACCUGGAGAAUUUUGUGAGUGAAGACCUGGGCAACACUAGCAUCCAGCUGCUGCAGGGAGAGGUCACUGUGGAACUGGUAGCAGAACAGAAAAACCAGACUCUUCAGGAGGGAGACAAAAUGCAGUUGCCUGCUGGAGAGUACCACAAAGUCUAUACUGUAUCAUCUAGUCCUUCCUGCUACAUGUACGUCUAUGUCAACACUACAGAGGUCGCCCUGGAGCAAGACCUGGCAUAUCUGCAAGAAUUAAAGGAGAAGGUGGAGAACGGAAGUGAAACGGGGCCUCUGCCUCCAGAACUUCAGCCUCUUUUGGAAGGGGAAGUAAAAGGGGGCCCUGAGCCAACACCUUUGGUCCAGACCUUUCUAAGACGGCAGCGGAAACUCCAAGAAAUUGAACGCCGGCGAAAUAGCCCUUUGCAUGAGCGACUCCUGCGGUUCUUGCUGCGAAAGCUGUAUGUCUUCCGACGCAGCUUCCUGAUGACUCGAAUUUCACUCCGAAAUCUGCUCUUAGGCCGCCCUUCCCUAGAGCAGCUAGCCCAAGAGGUGACAUACGCAAACCUGCGACCGUUUGAACCAGUUGAUGAGUCGAGUGCUUCCAACCCCGACUCUUCAAACCCGAACCCUUCAGAGCCAGAUGCUGAGCAUGUUCACUCGGAGUUGUGAGGAAGUCCAGAUGUUCUGUGGAGGUGUGGGGACAGCCUGCUACAGGUUGCUGCCUAUGCAAAGGAUAUUUAUUGGAGAAAUAUCAUCUAUUUUGAGACAGGCUUUUACAAUACAGCCCAGGCUGGCCUCCAACUCAUGGUAGUUCCUCUGCUUCAGCCUCUGAGUGGUUACAUGUACAUCACCAAACCUAGUUUUUUUCCUUUUACAUUCCCCCCUCUUAUAAGUUCUUUAAGAUGAUAGCUUAUAGAAUCCAAGGCAACAGAGAAGAAUUUGAAGAAUUGAAGGCUCUUUUUAGAGGCAAUAUGAACUAUCCUCUUACAGUAAAAGGUUUGUUUUUUCCUUUUUUCCCCCUCAAGACAGGGUUUCUCUGUGUAGCCCUGGCUGUCUUGGAACUGUCUGUAGACCAGGCUGAGCUUGAACUCAGAAAUUCACCUGCCUUUGCCUCCCAAGUGUUGGGAUUAAAGGUAUGCACCACCGCCGCCUGGUUUAUAAAAGUCAUUUUUAAGCUGGUUCUUUAGGAAAAGGAAUGUACCACAAUGAAAAUAGCUGAACCCAGGUGUUUGCUAUGUGCCUGGUACUGUUUGAAGCAGUGUACCUGAAUUAUCAUACUCAGUACUUUAAGAAGCAUUGAUCUUAAAUGCUUAAAUUUUACCUUUGGAGAAAGGAAAGCAAGUAAAAUUUACCUAAAGGCAUCCAGGAAUGGGUUGACAAUUUGAACUGAAAUCUGUUGGACUUAAGGUCUCAUGUGCUGCUGUUUAAUGCUUUUCAGAACCACUGACAGUAAAGCUGAAGCAGUAUAGCUUAAAACUAGUGUUAAUCUGAUUAGGAUGGUCAGGUACUAAAUGCACAAAGUAAUUAUAUUUACAACUCAAGUUUUUCAGGAGCAGUGGUAUCAGAAUAGCACUACUAAAUAGGGAAGCCAGAUGGCUUGCUUUAGUAUAAAUCAGCUUAGUGAAUGGCAGCUCUCUAAGCCAUGACUGAGUCAUAAGCCUUGAGGUUUUCCUUUUCCUUACAGUGUCAAGCCCUAUCACGUCUUCUAUUCAACCUUUCUAUUUCUACUAUCGGCCUAUUCCUUUACCCUUUAGACUGCAAUCUAUUUAGGGAUAGGCCAAGGCAGGGCCACCAUCUUUUUUUGCACAGGUUGGGACCAAGUAUGGAGACCCAAAGUCCCUCUUAAUGCAUACAAAACAUUUUAUAUAGGCUACUGAUGGCCACGCAGAGAGCUCUGAUCAUUUUCUCAAACAGGAAAAACACUAGUUUGCUUCCUUACGUAACACCAUGAACACACCUUGGCACUAUGUCCUUUCCAAGUUCAGCUACUUCCUUAUUCCCUUAACCUGUCACCUUUGACUAGCAAGAAAAGCAUUUUUGUUCGGGAGGGGUGUCUUUCAAACUUGUGCUGAGAAAUGAACCCAGGUUUCAUGCAAAGUACU